GCGGGUGAGGUCACACGUCUUGAAGACAUGGGGGCUGGCUCUCGGUUCUGCAGGGUGAAGUAAGAAGGCAUCGGAUGCUGUGGACGGAGCCUGGGUGCACCAGCUAGAUGCGCUGCUGCUGUGGAUGGAGGAUGCGUGAGGCGGGGCAGACAGUCUUCAUAACAAUAGUUGGAUGGGUGUCAAUCCUGCUUCUCCUCGGAGUAUAAUCAGCCGAGAUGCCUGGAAGUGGUUAACCUGACAGCAGCAAGCAGAAGUCUCAGGAGACAUGCCUCAUGGAUAAAGUCCACCUAACACUUCGGGCAAAUUUUCUAGUCCGUAUACCUAAUCUUUCUGCAAGAUUGAACUGAAGACGCCAACUGGGAUCAUCUAGUAUCAGUACUGGGUAGCGGCUUCUAUACACUACAGAGGAAUGCGAGACAAUACAGUACAGCAUGUUACCCGCUUUAAGCAUUUCAGUCUGCAUGUUGUUCAAAGGCUAAGCAAAAUGGAAUCCAUUUAGUGACAUCGUUCUGUUCCUGCUGCUGCUGGGCAAGCAGCGUCACUACAUGAUCACAUGACUCUGGAUAUGGACUCAGUCCUGUCAGACUUUGUUCGGUCUACAGGGGCUGAACCUGGUCUGGCAAGAGAUUUGCUGGAAGGAAAGAACUGGGACCUAACUGCGGCGCUGAGUGACUAUGAACAACUGCGACAAGUGCACACUGCAAAUUUGCCUCAAGUAUUUAAUGAAGGGAAAUACUAUAAGCAGCAGGACAGAGAAAUCACCCAGCAGGUCAACAAGAUUGAGAGACCAAACCUCCAAAGACAAGAAGACAUUGCUCAAGAGAAAAGACUGUCCCGAGGUAUAUCUCAUGCCAGUUCAGCCAUUGUUUCUCUGGCUCGGUUACAUGUGGCCAAUGAAUGCAGCAGUGAUCCAUUUCCUCUAGAAAUGCCCAUCUAUACAUUCCAACUACCAGACCUCAGUGUGUACAGUGAAGACUUCAGAGUCUUUAUUGAACGGGAUUUAAUCGAGCAGUCAACAAUGGUGGCCUUGGAGCAAGCAGGGAGACUGAACUGGUGGUCUACAACCUGCUCAAGCUGCAAACGUCUCCUGCCAUUAGCUACAACGGGUGAUGGGAACUGUCUUCUACAUGCAGCCUCUUUGGGAAUGUGGGGAUUUCAUGACCGAGAUCUUGUUCUGAGGAAAGCUCUUUAUACCAUGAUGAGAAGUGGAGCAGAGAGGGAAGCGCUGAAGAGACGAUGGAGGUGGCAGCAGACACAGCAGAAUAAGGAGUCUGGACUGGUUUACACAGAAGAUGAGUGGGAGCGAGAGUGGAAUGAGUUGUUAAAGUUGGCCUCCAGUGAGCCUCGAACGCACUUUAGCAAGAAUGGAGGCUCUGGUGGUGGAGUUGACAAUGCAGAAGAUCCCGUGUAUGAAAGUUUGGAGGAGUUUCAUGUGUUUGUCCUGGCUCAUGUAUUAAGACGUCCUAUUGUAGUAGUCGCUGAUACAAUGCUGCGUGACUCAGGGGGAGAAGCAUUUGCACCUAUCCCAUUUGGUGGAAUUUACUUGCCUCUUGAAGUUCCACCCAACAGAUGUCAUUGCUCACCUCUGGUCUUGGCGUAUGAUCAAGCUCAUUUCUCAGCACUGGUUUCCAUGGAGCAGAAGGAUCAACAACGUGAACAAGCGGUAAUUCCUUUAACAGACUCUGAACACAAGCUUCUACCUUUGCACUUUGCAGUUGACCCUGGGAAGGACUGGGAAUGGGGCAAGGAUGAUAAUGACAACAUUAAGCUGGCCAGUCUGAUUCUAUCCCUGGAGGCCAAACUGAACCUGCUGCACAGCUACAUGAAUGUAACCUGGAUACGCAUACCCUCUGAGACACGGGCUCCUUUGGCCCAACCAGAAUCUCCAACAGCUUCUGCAGGAGAGGACGUACAGUCACUUGCCGACUCUGUGGACUCUGACCACGAGUCAGUCUGCAGUAAUUCCAAUGUUAACAAUGGUAAAAACGGGAAAGAAAAAGAAAAACAAAGGAAAGAAAAGGAAAAGAACAGAACGGACUCUGUGGCGAACAAGCUUGGGAGCCUCAGCAAAACCCUGGGUAUUAAAUUAAAAAAGAACAUGGGAGGCCUCGGGGGCUUAGUGCAUGGCAAAAUUAGCAGAGCAAAUUCAGGCAAUGGGAAAAACAGUGAUUCCACUGACAAAGUAAAGAAGUCCAAAUCUCGCAAAGGAAGCAAAGAGGAGUCCGGACAGUCUGCUAGCACCUCGCCUUCAGAGAAGACAACUCCAUCACCCACUGAUAAAGCUAGCAUAUCACCCAUUGAUAAGCUAACAAACAGAUCACUAUUAGAUAAUAAAUCAGACCCCUGGAAAUAUAGCACAGAUGUUAAACUCAGCCUUAAUAUUUUGAGAGCUGCCAUGCAAGGGGAACGUAAAUUUAUCUUUGCUGGACUUCUUCUUACCAGUCACCGGCAUCAGUUUCAUGAGGAGAUGAUUGGUUUUUACUUAACUAGUGCCCAGGAACGGUUCAAUGCCGAGCAGGAACAGAAAAGAAAGGAAGCUGAGAAGAAAGCUGUCCUUAACGGGUCAUCCUGCAGGAAGUUGGAUCAGGAAGGGUUUGUCAAAGAAAAGUUGGAAACAUCUCCUCAGGAUAGGGCAUCACCAAUCUUGCCUCAAAGCCAUACAACACAACUAGUUCUAAAAUUAAAGGAUCGAUCCAGUCCUACUCCUGCUUCCUAUCCCUCACCCAGCAACGGUGCUAAGAAAUGUGGUCCCGUGCCAGUAUCUGCCCAUUACAGCCAUACGCCACCUGUCCAAAGGCAGAGUGUGAUUCAUCUACAUGAUGUCAACUCCAAGUCACCGAGCUUCCAAGAUGAUCCUUAUAAACCAGUUGUGGGCUCUUUGAAAACUUGUGCUACAUAUCCUCAACAGAAUCGUUCAUUGUCUUCACAGAGCUAUAGUCCAGCUCGAUUAUCGGGCAUACGCACAGUGAACACGGUUGAAUCCCUUUCAUAUGAGAAACCCACAGACCAUAAAUCUCAGACAUAUACAAAUGGGUUUAACUCUACAGAUAUUAGAGACUGCUUAGAAUAUGCGGAUGAGGAGUCUCCUCAGACAUGGUUGAACAAUGACAAAAAUAGUAGAGGCAGAAGUACAGGCUGCCCAAUAUAUUCCCUUCACCAGAGCAGGUGUAAGAAGGAGAACUGCUCUUUCUAUGGACGCCCCGAGACUGAUAAUUUCUGCUCUUACUGCUAUAAAGAGGAACUGAAGAGACGUGAUCGGGAAAAUAAAGUGCACAGGCACUGAAUUGAUUUGAAGGUUCAGACCUCUUAUCAUUUUUUUUUACAUGCAAAAAUCCAGUACUAAAUCACUUUAAUUGCAAUGGAACAAAAUAGCCAAAUUGGAGAGCAAGGGAGAAAUAAUAGUCGCUUGCUGUUAUACAGGUCAAGCUUUAUUAGACUGCUCAGAACGAGAAGGAAUAAAAGCCUUUGUUAGAUUUUUCUUUCUCUAGUCAUUUUCAUAUAUUACGCUGAAAGGUUGGUCAUGUCACAGUCAGUGCUGUGUAUGAUGGGUGGUUAUUAACUACUAAGGUGCCUGAUUUCUGUUAUCACUCAGGUAAGUAGGAAGGACCUCUAGUGGACUCCUCACCUACACACAUUGAAGGCAGGCAGUUUAAGACAUGUUGCAAUAUAAGACCCAUCAACAAGCUAGGAACUAGACACAUCACUGAUGCAUGAGCCUUAACCAUCUGAUGCACGUGUGAUGUCACUAAUUUCAAGUUUUUAGUUAAGUCCCAGGUUUGAAGUCACAAAUAAAACUGCUUCGAUGUGUGCAGAUGACUAGUCCACUUUUAAUAUUUCCUAAUAUCAGUUUUGGUUGGAUGUAGCCAAAGCACCAUCUGUGUUACUCACUUUGGCUAGCGUAUUUGUCAUGGUUUCUUUGGUAGAAAUAUAUGUACAUUUGUAUUGUCCUUUAAGCGCUGUCGCUCUACAUGCAUUUUACAUAUUUUUAUUAAUUGUCUUGUUUAUGGGUAACAUCCAAGCAAAGGACGAUAAUAGAGGAAUGUCUAUGGACGACUGCUUCACUUAAAGCCAUGCUAAAUGUGUAAGGUUACAUGGCCUUCAGAACCUGCUCUAACAAGUCACUUGUGUGUCUUUGGGCUAUUGUUGGUAAAAAGGUUUCAGUUCUGUAUCAGUGUGUCACAUGGUUUCAUAAACUGCAUUUUUUUCACAAAUAGUAUAGAGAGUAUUUGUCGGCAGGAUCAACCCUAUUAAGUCUAUUAGGUUGAUCCUACUCAGUAAAAUGAUACUUGAUUCAUGUUUCUCCGUCGUUCCAUUCCUGAGAAAAUUAACCUUUUAUUGAUAUGUAAAUUGGGUCUUUGGUGCACCAAGGUACGGGCAAGAGCACCUAGAGCUACUACCCCCAUCCUCUUGAUUGCUAGUACUCUUAUGCCUGUGCUAUAGUCCACACUACCAGCUCAUGUUCAGUAUAUCUGCCUCUGCUUCCCGACAUGUGCUGAUGACAUCAUCCUCCACCUGACAUUUGACUUUGUUCGGGUGGUGGGUGACAAUACUGGCGCAUGCAUAGUAGUCAUCUGCGCUCCAGGAAAAACAGGCAAAUGCAUAAGGAUGGUUGAAUGGUUCUAAUUGCAGAGCGGAGAAGCUCUGGUUCUCAGAGGAGCUUGGACCCAGCAUCAGUGCACUGAAGACCUAAUUUACACAUUAAGCAUUUAUUUACCCAGGAACAGCACAAUGGAGGAACAUAAAUGAGGUACCAUUUUACUUGGCAGGAUCAACCCUACCAGGCAUUGUGUUUGGCUUGAGAGGGUUGAUCCUGCAGACAUAAGCUGUUUAGCAAUAUUAGUUGUAGCAAAGGACUGAUUCUGCUGAGACCAGUAAACAAUGUGGAAUGCAAUGAGUUGAUGUAAAAAACAGGUUGACUAUAAAUGGGAAUAGUGACUUCUCAGGGAAAAGGAUUUGGGAGCUGAUUCUUCAGUGUACAUUUAUAAAUAAGAACAGCCAGUUGAUGGAACCUUACAUAUUGUUGAUUUUAGGUCACAUAUAGACCCAGAGGCCUCAUUUCUUUCCAUAGCGAUGCCAUCAUAUAUGGUGGUAGCAAAAUCAUAUUUCAUGGUUUAACACAAGGAUAAGUGACAGUUUUCAUUCACAGAAGUAGAGACAAAAAUUGUGUGCUCUGCUGAUUGGAAAGUAUAAAAAUGAUGUUGCUUAUUUGUUGGAGUCUUAUUAUUGUAUUAGGAGGUCUCCAUGUAACUGCAAAACAACCCGGAAAUAAAAACCUUCACCCAAUCAA